GUCAAAGCCUACUCACAAUUCAUUCUCUUUCAAGAUUCUUACUUUCUGCUAUACCACCACAGUCACACUCUCCUCUCCUCUCCUCUCCUUCUCCACCUCUCCUCCCUCUUAACCCUUUCAAUUCAAACAAACAAUAAAAAAGGAAAGAAACACAAUAAGAUUCCUUCUUCCCUUUUCCCUUUUUCCCAACCCUAAUUAAUUCUUCCAUUCCCCCAUCCUUUAUUCCUUAUGCUUUUCCCAACUUCACUCCGCCUUUUCUCCUUGUAACAUGGGCUGUGCCACCUCCAAGCUCGACGACUUACCCGCCGUCUCUUUAUGCCGUCACCGCUGCGCUUUCCUCGACGAAGCCCUUCGCCACCGUUUCGCUUUUGCUCAAGCCCAUGCCGCUUAUCUUCUUUCUCUCAAAGCUGUUGGCCUCUCUUUGCACCGCUUCUUCAACCAACAUCUCCCCCCUCCCUCGCCUAUUCUCAACCUCCCGCCUCACAGAAAGGGGCACUAUGACUCACCCCACCCCCUCCUUUCGCCUUCCGACAAACAUCUCCACUCGCGCUCCGACUCCGCCGCUUCCCAUCUCCAUUUCCACUCCGACUCCGACUCCGACGAUGAUGAUCGCUCCGGUUCGGAUUCCUUGCAUCCUCCUGAUACCAGCUCGCCUGUUCACCACAAGCACCCCUAUUACCUGCCGCAAUACGGAAAUCUCAAUCUUCCCGGACCUGGCGGAGGUGGCGAGUUUAUGAAUUAUAUGAAAAACCAAACGGCGCCGUCUUUGUUGUAUACACAACGGCCCAUGAGUCAAGAAGCUAUGCAUGUGGGUGAAUUUUCGGCUGCUUCUUCUUCCUACUAUCCUUAUCCUGACUAUCAGAAUCCCCCUCUUUCCCACAAUAAUACUUCAAAUAGUAACUAUAAUGGUUAUUCAAAUUACGGUGCUGGAGGUACAACUGUUGGUGGUUCGUCUUCCCUAGAAGUGGCUUCGAGUUCCAGAGCGCCACCACCUCCGCCCUCACCACCAAAAAGCUCCACAUGGGAUUUCCUGAACCCGUUUGGGACCUUUGAGAGAGAUUAUCCAGCUUAUACUCCAAGCCACGACUCAAGGGAGGUAAGGGAAGAAGAGGGAAUACCUGAUUUGGAGGAUGAGGAUGAUGGCAACGUGAAGGAAGUUCUCGGUGAUCACAAGUUUGUGGAUAGUGGAAGAAGUAGUCACUCAAAGCCGGGGGUCCGCCAAGAGGAUGCUCGCGUAGUGAAUGAUGCGGAUUUACAGCAUCGGGUUCGCCCGAGUGCAGGUAUGGGGAGUGAUCCUGUGGAGUACGAGGUGCAUAUGAUGGAGAAGAAUACCGUCGAUGCUGAGAAAAGGUCGAAAGAUCGAGGCAAUACCACUGGAUUUAAGCCUCGUGGUGGGUUCAAGGGCGAUGCAGAAGUUGUGAAAGAGAUUCAAGUUCAGUUCGAGCGAGCUUCAGAGUCCGGAAGUGAGCUUGCUAAGUUUCUUGAGGUUGGGACGCUUCCAUAUAAACAGAAACACAGCAGUCAUCGUGUUUCUCCCAAGAUACUGCAUUUACCUGUGGCGUCCUCACAGCCUUCAGUCUCUAAAAGUUCUGAUAAUGUUGAUCCUGCCUUCUUAGACGUUGGUGAAGAUGUGGAACUGAGGUCCAGAAAUCUUUCUUCCACUUUACAUAAGCUGUAUUUGUGGGAGAAAAAACUUUACGAAGAAGUUAAGGUUGAGGAGAAAAUGAGAGUCCUCCAUGAACGGAAGUCUAGAAAACUGAAGCGUUUGGAUGAAGGUGGUGCUGAGGCUAACAAAGUUGAUGCAACCAGAACUUUGGUGAGGAGUCUCUCCACAAAAAUCAAAAUUGCAAUUCAGGUAGUUGAUAAGAUCUCAGUGAGGAUAAAUAGCUUGAGGGAUGAGGAAUUGUGGCCACAGCUGAAUGAUUUCAUUCAAGGGUUAACUAGAAUGUUCAAGUCGAUGCUUGAGUGCCAUCGUAAUCAGUGUCAAGCAAUUGGAGAGGCCAAACGGUUAGAUGCCAUUGCACUCCGCAAGCACUUCAGUGAUUCUCAUUUAGAAGCCACUCGUCAGCUUGAACAUGAUAUUAUUAAUUGGACUCUUGGGUUCUCUUAUUGGGUUGGUGCACAAAAGGGUUAUGUCCGGGCCUUGAAUAACUGGCUUAUGAAAUGUCUCCUCUACAUUCCUGAAGAAACCCCUGAUGGAAUAGUUCCAUUCUCUCCUGGUAGGAUUGGUGCCCCCCCAGUAUUUGUUGUUUGCAACCAGUGGUCGCAAUCUUUGGAUAGUAUUUCUGAAAAGGAAGUGGUAGAUUCUAUGCGAGACUUUGCAUCAAAUGUCCUUCAGCUGUGGGACCAGGAUAAGGCAGAAAUGCGCCAAAGGAUGUUGGCAAACAAGGAUGAGAGGAAAAUUAAGAGCCUGGAAAAGGAAGACCAGAAGAUACAAAAGGAGAUUCAGGCAUUAGACAAAAGGAUGGUGCUAAUUUCUGCUGCCCAGAACGGUAUGCCAUUAACUGGGCGUGUUGUGUAUCAGAGUGAGGCCAGUAAAGGGGGAAGUCUGCAUGCAAGCCUGCAACAUGUCCUCGAGGCCAUGGAGAGGUUCACUGCUAACUCUUUGAAAGUUUACGAGGAGCUAUUGCAACACAUUGAAGAAGACCAUCUUGCUCGUGAGAGUAAAAAGGUUUCAUAGUGUUGAUAGUGGUGAGGUUUUGUUCAUUGGAUCAUGGUCCUACUGAAGUCAUAUAUGGAAUCAAAUUUGGAGUUAGUUUCAUUUUCUCUUCUAUCCCAGUUUCCUUACUGCUCCCCCUUGCAAUGAAGAUGAGGUUGUUGCUGCUGUUUUUAUGCCUUGAGAAGUGGAUUCUUGCUUUUGAAAUAGUUGUGCUUGAGGCACAUAGAUUCCUGUAGCCCAAUUUUAUUUAUGAUGAUUACUUGCUGCCAAAAAUAUCUAAAGAGCCCGAGGCAGAGUAAAGCUUAACGAAGACGACAUGCUGCCAGAUGAACUGAGAGCUGUUGCCGUGGGGCCUUACAGAAAGGGCAGAGGUUAGCAAUAAAUGAGAAGCAGUCCAGCUAUCGGCUCAAAAUCGGUGCACAAUUGCUCUAAGCAAGAAAAUUGUGUGACAAAAUCCUUUCAGAUCUUGUGGAUUCGAUUAUUGUCACCAUCACUCCAACUGCAGGCCUCAUGGGCAUAAAGGCUGCCUACUUGGAUUACAAGUCCUGUAAGUUAAAAGAAAUUAGGUCCUGUAUAAAUUUAGAAAGUCCACAAAGUUAGUAGUUCUUACGGUUGAAUUUUGUGUAGGAAGCUUUUAUUUUUUCGAGUCAAAUGUACCUUGAAUAAGGUGGGAUGGAAUGAGUCCUGUUCUUUGACAAAACGGAGAAUGUAUUGGAAAUGGUUAGUUACCAA